GAAGCUGGCCGUUGCGGCUCGAUUGUCAGCUGACUGUCGGAAGGCCGGUCUGCUGACUGAGUCAAUCCGAGAACCGAGACCCGAACCCGGACAGACCGCCGAGGCCGGGCCCUCUGCCGCAGUCCAGCCGAGGUCCGCGUACCACAAGCCGGACAGACAGACACACCGCUCCCCGGUGGCUCCGUCAAGCCGGAAACCCCGCACUGUGAGACGGACUCCACCUUCCACUCCCCCGCUAUCCGAGGCCGGACCGCUGGCUAACCUGAGCCGCUGUCAGUCGUCCCCUGAGCCGGCUGCCCAGCCCCGGAUCCGCCAUGGCUCUGCUGGAUGUGGCCAUGCAGGGACUGUCGGUGUUCGGCUUCCUCUUGUUCUUCGUCCUGUGGCUGAUGCACUUCAUGUCCAUCAUCUACGUGCGCCUGCACCUGAACAGGAAGCGGUCUGAGGUCCAGCAGCCCUUCUGCAAGCUGGCCGGCGUGUCGCUGCUGAAGCCGCUGAAGGGCGUCGACCCGAACCUCAUCAGCAACCUGGAGACCUUCUUCACCCUGGAUUACCCCAAGUAUGAGAUCCUGCUGUGCGUUCAGGAUCAGGACGACCCGGCCGUCGACGUCUGCAAGAAGCUGCUGGGGAAAUACCCCGACGUGGACGCCCGGCUCUUCAUCGGGGGGAAGAAGGUGGGCAUCAACCCCAAGAUCAACAACCUGAUGCCGGGUUACGAGGGAGCCAAAUACGAGCUCGUCUGGAUCUGCGACAGCGGCAUCCGAGUCAAAGCCGACACCCUGACCGAUCUAGCCAAUCAGAUGACAGAGAAGGUGGGAUUGGUCCAUGGCUUGCCGUACGUUGCUGACCGCCAGGGCUUUGCCGCCACGCUGGAGCAGGUGUACUUCGGCACGUCUCACCCGCGCUCCUACAUCUCUGCCAACGUGACGGGCAUCAAGUGCGUGACGGGGAUGUCGUGCCUGAUGAGGAAGGAGGUGCUGGACCAGGCGGGGGGGCUGGUCGCCUUCGCCCAGUACAUCGCCGAGGAUUACUUCAUGGCUAAAGCCAUCGCCGACAGGGGCUGGAAGUUCUCCAUGGCAACGCAGGUGGCGAUGCAGAACUCGGGCUCGUACUCCAUCGGCCAGUUCCAGUCCCGCAUGAUCAGGUGGGCAAAGCUGCGGAUCAACAUGCUGCCGCUUACCGUGGUCGAGCCGAUCUCUGAAUGCUUCGUGGCCAGUCUCAUCAUCGGCUGGGCCGCCCACCACGUCUUCAGGUGGGACAUCAUGGUGUUCUUCAUGUGUCACUGCCUUGCGUGGUUCAUCGCCGACUACGUCCAGCUGACCGGCGUCCAGGGCGGCCCCCCCUCCUUCUCGAAGCUGGACUUCGCCGUGGCGUGGUUCAUCCGCGAGUCCAUGACGGUUCAGAUCUUCCUGUCGGCGCUCUGGGACCCGACCAUCAGCUGGAGAACCGGUCGCUACCGGCUGCGUUGUGGCGGAACUGCCGACGAGAUCCUGGACGUCUGAUGGUCGCCAUGACAACCCAAAACAAGAGACUUUUUCUACUUUUAUUUUGAAAAAAAAAAUGAUAAAGUAUUGUUUGGCUUAUUUUACUUUGUGUGUGUGUGUGUGUGUGUGUGUGUGUGUGUGUAUGAGAGAGAGAGAGAGAGAAAGUUAAGUAUUUAUGUUACUUUGGUGCUCUUAAUGAACAUUAAUGUGAGAACGAGCCAAUGUGAAUGCAGGAAAAAAAGACAGGAGGGAGUGACGCCUCUUUUAAAUCAUUCUGUCCUGGAUGUACGUUGGAAAUUAUGUUUUUAUUUAUGGCCUUAAAAUAAGCCAGAAAAAUAUCCGUUUUAGAUGUAUUUGUUUAUUUUACUUAAAUUUGUGUUUUAGUUUUAUCCAAAAAUGUUUCCCCUGAAACAAGUGAACCAACUUUUUUCUUUCUUGCGUUUAAAAAUAAUAAUGUUCCACGGAUUUUUUUAUUUUUUUAAAAAAAUAUUAUUAUUUUACUGUAAAAUGAGUGAGAGCAAUAUGAGCCAAUGAGGCUUAAAGGAAAAAACACAGAAAAAACAGGAAGCAGUGAGGCCUUAUGCUCAUUUGUCCUAUAUUUAGUUUGAGGGCAAAAAAUCUUAGUUUUUUAUUUUAUUUUAUCAUAUUUUUUGUAUGUAAUUAAAUUGUUUUGUUUUGUGACUAAAAUGAGCAAGAAGUCUCUCAGCCACUGAGAGGAGAGUAUUCUCCCGUCUCAGUGGCUGAGAUCCAUUUUUUUCAAUUGUUGUUUAUUAUUAACUGUGUUUUUUGUUUGUUUUAUUCUGUAAUUCUGAUUUUUUUUUUCCUGCAUUCAAACUCCGCAACAUUUCACCUGGUUCCAUUUUUCAAAACACAAAAUUUGAAUAAAACAUUUUCAAACAAGAAUUAUAAAUAUUUCCGUUGUUUGCAAUGACAUGUUCAAUCAAUGGGAUCUAUAAGCAUCUCAGCUAAUGCUCCCAUUUUAUUCAAUUGCAAAUGCUACCAAAAUUCUGGAAAUUCAGUUCUUUCAUUUUUUUUUAUCUUCGCCAAGUCUUCCGCACUGGAAAUGGAGUGUGUGUGUGUGUGUGUGUGUGUGUAUGUGUGUGUGCCUUUUCUAACAUUGUGAAGUAUUGUCACUGUGUUGUUUUUAUUGUUCAUUUUACCCUCUGCAAGCCAGGGCCUUAAUUUUGAAAUGCUUAUAUUCAAUCCUUUCUUUUUUCUAUUUUUUUAUUGAUUUUUUUUUUUUUUUUUUGCCUUUAUUUUUUCUGAAAUUAAAAAAAUAAUAAUUUUGGAUUAAGAAGCUCAUUGGAAAAAGAUCUUGAAAAUUAUUAUUUUUUAAUUUUUUUGUUUGGUUUUGACUUUUUUUGUAUUCCACAUUUUAGUUUUAUGUUUUUAAGACCAUUUUUAUUUUAAUGUUUCGUUUUAAAUCUGGUUAUAAUAAUUUUACUUUGUUAAAAUUGUUUUGGAUUUUUUUAGAUUUUGAGAUGAAACUGAAAAGAUUUGUUUUCAGUAUUUCUAAAAGAAAUGUAGGGAUUUGUUUAGCAUUUCAAAAUAAAGGCUCAGAGGAAAGUGUCAUGCUGUGAACUUUAUUUUUGUAAAUAUGCAGUUUGGUUGAUGAUGUCAUUUCCUCUUCCGCUGUUUAAAAAAAUGUACACAUAAGUAAGCGGAGAGAAAGAAAUCGGACAAACUUCCUGUCACCGUCGUCCAAUCAGAUUCUGCUUUGUCGUGUUUUGUUUUUCUAUGAGACGGAAGGAGAGCACUGACCAAUCACAGCUGGGGACUGUGACAUCACAGGAACAAUAAAGUUUUAUUGUACAAAUGAGUAAAACGUUUGUUUUGUUUUUU